AUGGAAGGAGACAAAAAUAAAUUCUCCGACAAAAAGUUUGCUUCUGAUAAAGAAGUCAUAUCUUUUAUGGAGAAGUAUGCUAAAGAACUCGGCUUACCAAAGUAUUCAACAGGCAACAGCAAAAAUAUUUCGGCUCAACCACCCAAAAAUCGGUUUAUCAAUCCGAGAUUAGUUAAAUUAUACAUGAAGUUUCAUUGUCCGUAUAGUGGUAUCUACAAACCUACCGGUAAAGGGUUAAAAACGUCUACUGAAGAGCACAACCACGCAAUACAAAAAGAAAAUACGACCGAUGUCAUCAACAAAUCCGGUGUUGAAGAGAAAGACAAAGAGCGUCCUGAUGGUACAAGUGAAAUACCGGAAUUACUGAUCGUUUAUAAUGAGAAUCAAGGCAUCUUUCAGCUUUUAAGUACAUCAAGUAUAUCAAAUCUGAAUAGGAUUACAAACCUUACGCAUCAAGAAACAGAUUCUACUGGUACCGGUACCAGUAACUAUGAAAUUCCAAGACCUCCGGCAAUUCCAUCGCAAGACAGUGCCAGUUUGGAUGAAAAUAGCCAAGGUGGUGUCCAACAUGAAGAGCUCAACGAAGUUGAAAAUGCUACUGGUACCGAUACUAGUAGCUAUGAAAUCCCAAGACCUCCGGCAAUUCCAUUGCCAAACAGUGCCAGUUUGGAUGAGAAUAGCCAAAGUGGUGUCCAACAUGAAGAGCUCAACGAAGUUGAAAAUGCUACUGGUACCGAUACUAGUAGCUAUGAAAUCCCAAGACCUCCGGCAAUUCCAUUGCCAAACAGUGCCAGUUUGGAUGAGAAUAGCCAAAGUGGUGUCCAACAUGAAGAGCUCAACGAAGUUGAAAAUGCUACUGGUACCGAUACUAGUAGCUAUGAAAUCCCAAGACCUCCGGCAAUUCCAUUGCCAAACAGUGCCAGUUUGGAUGAGAAUAGCCAAAGUGGUGUCCAACAUGAAGAGCUCAACGAAGUUGAAAAUGCUACUGGUACCGAUACUAGUAGCUAUGAAAUCCCAAGACCUCCGGCAAUUCCAUUGCCAAACAGUGCCAGUUUGGAUGAGAAUAGCCAAAGUGGUGUCCAACAUGAAGAGCUCAACGAAGUUGAAAAUGCUACUGGUACCGAUACUAGUAGCUAUGAAAUCCCAAGACCUCCGGCAAUUCCAUUGCCAAACAGUGCCAGUUUGGAUGAGAAUAGCCAAAGUGGUGUCCAACAUGAAGAGCUCAACGAAGUUGAAAAUGCUACUGGUACCGAUACUAGUAGCUAUGAAAUCCCAAGACCUCCGGCAAUUCCAUUGCCAAACAGUGCCAGUUUGGAUGAGAAUAGCCAAAGUGGUGUCCAACAUGAAGAGCUCAACGAAGUUGAAAAUGCUACUGGUACCGAUACUAGUAGCUAUGAAAUCCCAAGACCUCCGGCAAUUCCAUUGCCAAACAGUGCCAGUUUGGAUGAGAAUAGCCAAAGUGGUGUCCAACAUGAAGAGCUCAACGAAGUUGAAAAUGCUACUGGUACCGAUACUAGUAGCUAUGAAAUCCCAAGACCUCCGGCAAUUCCAUUGCCAAACAGUGCCAGUUUGGAUGAGAAUAGCCAAAGUGGUGUCCAACAUGAAGAGCUCAACGAAGUUGAAAAUGCUACUGGUACCGAUACUAGUAGCUAUGAAAUCCCAAGACCUCCGGCAAUUCCAUUGCCAAACAGUGCCAGUUUGGAUGAGAAUAGCCAAAGUGGUGUCCAACAUGAAGAGCUCAACGAAGUUGAAAAUGCUACUGGUACCGAUACUAGUAGCUAUGAAAUCCCAAGACCUCCGGCAAUUCCAUUGCCAAACAGUGCCAGUUUGGAUGAGAAUAGCCAAAGUGGUGUCCAACAUGAAGAGCUCAACGAAGUUGAAAAUGCUACUGGUACCGAUACUAGUAGCUAUGAAAUCCCAAGACCUCCGGCAAUUCCAUUGCCAAACAGUGCCAGUUUGGAUGAGAAUAGCCAAAGUGGUGUCCAACAUGAAGAGCUCAACGAAGUUGAAAAUGCUACUGGUACCGAUACUAGUAGCUAUGAAAUCCCAAGACCUCCGGCAAUUCCAUUGCCAAACAGUGCCAGUUUGGAUGAGAAUAGCCAAAGUGGUGUCCAACAUGAAGAGCUCAACGAAGUUGAAAAUGCUACUGGUACCGAUACUAGUAGCUAUGAAAUCCCAAGACCUCCGGCAAUUCCAUUGCCAAACAGUGCCAGUUUGGAUGAGAAUAGCCAAAGUGGUGUCCAACAUGAAGAGCUCAACGAAGUUGAAAAUGCUACUGGUACCGAUACUAGUAGCUAUGAAAUCCCAAGACCUCCGGCAAUUCCAUUGCCAAACAGUGCCAGUUUGGAUGAGAAUAGCCAAGAUCGGGAGAGCGAUAAUCUCAAUUCUACUGGUGCCAGUAUCAGUAAAAAUGAAACUCCGGAAAAAAAGCGACGGAAGGUUAAUACUGAGAAAUUGAAGCCAUUUUCUUCUCAUUCAAAAGAAGAAAAAGUAAAAAUUAUGCUAAGCUGGCUUUCAAUUGAUAAAGAAUACUUGGAAGGAAGAGGAAAUCAAGAAAAAAUACCUCUCUCAGCUUUAAACUUCGAUCAUAAAAAAUUACAUGAUGGCUUUAUUGAUGAAAAAAUUGAUUUAUCAAUAAUUAAAGAUAAAUUCGAUUCUGAUGCCUACAAAAAGUUGCUACGAAUUAUAAAAAAAAAAAACAUGACAAUGUUUACAACUGUAAAUAUUGUAAAAGAAAAUUGA